AGGUGGAGGUGGAGGUGGAGGUGGAGGUGGAGCCCAUAGGAAGGGAAUAACUUUAUUUUUCUGGGGGCAUCCCCUCCUAUCCAAUUUCUCUUUCAAAAGACAAAUACAGAGAGACGGGGUGGGGGUUGCAGAUUUGUUACAAAACUCCUCGCCUCGCCUCACCUCCACAGAAUCCCCCAUUUCUUCUUCUUUCUUCUUCUUCUUCUUCUUCUCCCUGAUUCAAGAUCCAACCCCCUUCCCCAGGAGGUCCAUCGAUGGCUUCGAAGCGUAUCUUGAAGGAACUCAAGGAUCUGCAGAAGGAUCCGCCUACCUCUUGCAGCGCCGGUCCUGUAGCUGAAGACAUGUUCCAUUGGCAAGCAACAAUCAUGGGUCCUCCAGAUAGCCCUUAUGCUGGUGGGGUUUUUCUAGUCACCAUCCAUUUCCCCCCAGAUUACCCUUUCAAGCCACCUAAGGUGGCAUUCAGAACAAAGGUGUUCCACCCAAAUAUCAACAGCAAUGGGAGCAUAUGCCUCGACAUCUUGAAGGAACAGUGGAGCCCUGCCCUAACCAUUUCCAAGGUGCUGCUUUCGAUCUGCUCUUUGUUGACGGACCCAAACCCUGAUGACCCGUUGGUGCCGGAGAUUGCUCACAUGUACAAGACGGACAGAAACAAGUACGAGACAACUGCAAGGAGCUGGACCCAGAAGUAUGCCAUGGGCUAAUUUGCUGUGGUAUGUGUGAGGGGUGGCCUUGGUGAUACAUUUUAAUUUCAGUUUUUAUGUAUGAAUGACAUCUGAACUUCCUCUUGAACCGUGAAAACAGAGGGAGGUCCAAAUAUGCCCUUCAAAGGAGGGAACAUAGAUAUUGCUCUUUAAAGUUGUUUGUAUGGGCACUCGAUUUUAAGAACCAAUUAAUCCUUCCCAAAUCUAGUGCUUUUAUGAUUCCCCAGCUUCA